GAAACUCAUCUUUUUAAUCUCCUGUAUUUAUAUUUUGAUAGUGACUUUUAAAAAAUCUUAAUGCUUUUUUGAACAGUGUACUUUUUCUUUCUUUUCUUUGAUAAAAAAAACAUGCAUUUUUCCUUCCAUCAUCAUUUUUUAAUUCCUUGCACCAAUAUACUUGCCAAGUGAUUUUUUUUCAGGUCCAUAUCUAAAAAAAAAUCCUUUUAUAAACACCGCAAGUUUGGUUUGAUCCGAAUAUUACUGGUUCGUUUUAAGCACGUCGAACACACAAGAGCCGCCGGGAUAGGUUGAAAAAAAAAAAAAUCUAGCUAUCGCUAAAUUAGGUAAAAUGCCUCAGAAAUAAAUAUUGUGAGCAAGAUUUAAGGGAAAAAAGGUAUAGCUCACUCCUAGUCACAGGACAUUUGGAGAGCAGUUUUAGUCCGGAAGGGAAAAUAUUUUAUCUAGAAUUUUUUUUUUUUUGAGAUAUAUUUCAAACACAACUCACCAUGCAUAUAUCUACAUGUAUCAUAUCUCGUUAAUCUUAUUUUAUACUUUUAUCUUCAGAUUCUAAUUUCCAGUAUUGUUUAAAAAAUUUUUUUGUGUUUCAUUUUAUUUUAUGAUUAUAUUUUUUUCCAGCAUCUUAAAUCAAGGCACAUUUGCAACAGUAUAAGCGUUAUGAUUAUUCCAACUGAGCAGACCAUUAAUCAAUUGCAAUUUUUUUUUCACAAACUAAGAAAACCUGAUGAUGUAACUCCAAAAGUUCUAUUAAUUUUUCAUCAGUGAAUUUCUAACGCGGGAUUUCUUUUGGGGGUUUCCCAAGAGAGCAGAUUUAAAUUAUAAUCAAGGGAACAUGAAGGGGUUUGUGGAAUUGAAUUACCAUAUAUGGACAUCUUAAUUUUUUACCUUUUUUUUUUUUUACCUAUUUUUUCAAUGUUUAUUUAUUAGAGGUUGUGCAUAUAGAAAGCAAUGUACUAGUCGAUUUAGAUUAACCUAUAUGAGAUUCAUAUCCAUCUCUAGAUCUGGAAAUGACCAGUAAAUCAGAUAAGAUAAAAUUCUGUUAAACAACGAAUGACAUAAAGAAAACGUAACUGCCGAAAUUCAGUAACCUUUAUGAGAUCCAUAUCCAUGACCAGUUUGGGGAAAGGAAAGUUAGACAAGAUAGAAUUAAUUUAUAGAUAUAUAAAUAUUUAAAAAAUAUCUAACCUUUAAUCACUUAGCCUAAACUGAAGGCUACUCCAGGGGUAUAUUCGCAUUUUUGUACGCAAACACCAACACGUAUUUGCUGUGCUCUACCUUAUUAUGAUUUACUUAACUGCUCUCAAAACAUCUUUCAUAAAAAAAUGAAAAGAAGAAGAAAAAAAAUCUUACAAUAUCACAGUGCAAAACAUUAAAAAAAAAAGAAGAAAUCCAGAUAACAGAAAUUGUUCACAUACAGAUGGUCUACCGUACCGUAGUACCGUACUUGACAGGCGCUCCAGAUGUAAACAAACACGCACGGCCGAACAUACCCUUUACGUCUAGCUAUCUCCCAUGAUAAAAGGUUAUCACUGUUAGGCCCAAUAAAUGCGAUAAAACAUGAGCUGUUACAAAAGACAUAAGAUUUGUAAAUUUGGUUGAAAUGAAGUAGAAAUGACAUGCACCAUGAAUUUGUCAACACAAGAAGGGAGGGAUUCUGUUGAGGCCUGGAACAAUGACUCUUCAUCCAGAAAUGGAGCUACUGAAGAGGGUAAUUUCUGGUACCAGUAUAAAGCUCUCAUCAUUCGUAAUUUUACCAUCAAGGCUAGAGACCGUCGAAGGACUAUAACAGAAUUUCUCAUGCCGUUAUAUUGGAUUGCAAUUUUGGCAAUUGUAAGGAUUACAACUGGAAGCACUACAUUUGAUCCUGUGCUAACACCACAAGGAACAGGUUCUCUCACUGAAAUACUGGCAGCAAGGCUAAAUGGAGGUACACUCUUUGUGACUCCUGAAAAUGAUAAGGUAAAAGAAAUAAUGGACAGUGUACAGGGUAUAGCUACUGAACAUUCCACCUCUCUUUAUAUGCAGUACUACAGCACAGAAACAGAUUUGAUAGCUGCAUUUCAGGAGAACAAGUCAGUGGAUGCAGCUGUAGUGUUUCCUGAUAGUCCAGAUGUCAAUAGUUCCUACAUACUUCGUUUCAAUAUUCUGAAGCAUUAUUUGCCAUCACCUAAUAGCAGAUGGACUGGAAGGCAGGAGUGCAGAGAGUUGAAUCCACCAUUUGGGUUACAGUUAGGAGGAUGUGCCCCAAAUAACUAUUAUUUCUCUGGUUUUUCAUCUCUUCAAUUACUGAUUGAUACUGCAUUGAUAAGGAUGAAGACUAGUGUGAAGGAUGUAUCCCUACCAGAAAUUAGUCUGCAGAAUUUCCCAAAAGGAACUUUUACUAGUGAUGGGACAACAGUGCUCCGCAGUAUUGUCCCUCUGUAUAUGGUAUUUGCAUGGGCGCAGUUCAUAAUAUACAUGAUGAUGCUGAUUGUCGAUGAGAAAGAGAAGAAGAUUAAGGAAGGCAUGAAGAUGAUGGGGUUGAGAGAUUCUGUGUACUGGCUGUCAUGGUUUUCUGUGUACUUCAUGUAUGUGUUACUCCUAGCUGUGAUCUGCAUUAUAGUCCUGCCGCUUGCAAGAGUCUUUGUCCAUGCCAACCUAUUCCUUCUAUUCUUACUCUUCAUAUUAUAUGGGUCAUCAUCCAUUGUUUUUGCUCUGAUGUUGACUCCAUUCUUCAACAAGGCAAAGGUGGCUGGAGUGGUGGGGAACCUACUACAAGUGGCUAUGAGUCUUUUGUACUACCUACAAGUUUUUCUUGAAGAUGACAUGGGUCAAGGGACCUUCUGGGCUCUUGGACUUCUCUCUCCAUGUGCUUUUUCCCUUGCUUUAGAUAAGGUGAUACUCUUUGACUCCAGUAGUGAAGGGUUGAACUUCAGUAAUAUAUGGGAAGGUCCAGGCCUCCCAUUUGCAGGAAGUUUGAUAAUGAUCUCAAUAGAUAUUUGUCUCUACCUUUUCUUGGCCUUCUAUCUUGAUAAUGUUCUGCCAAGUGAAUAUGGGACGAAACGAAAACCCUGGUUCAUUUUUGAAAAGUCCUUUUGGUUCCCCAGUCAGAGGGACUAUCAGAUGAGCAACUUGACAUCCUCAAACAACCAUGCUUUUGACACUGAUGAGAUUGAACCUAACCCUGAUCUGGAGCCUGUAGCAAAGGAGUUAAAAGCGAAAGCGGCCGUUCGCAUCAGAAACCUGAAGAAAACCUUCCACCCCAAGGGCAAAGAUCCUGUUCAUGCUGUUGAUGGUAUAAGUUUAGAUGUUUACGAGGGACAAAUCACCGCUAUCCUUGGUCAUAAUGGUGCAGGAAAGACAACCCUGUUUAACAUUCUCACUGGAAUGACAGCACCAACAGGGGGCACAGCAUCCAUCUUUGGCAUGGACAUUAGUGAUCCUAAUGACUUGGUUGACAUUCGGCGAAUAACAGGUGUAUGUCCCCAGCAUGACAUCAUCUUCUUAAACCUAACUCCUAGAGAACAUCUCAGUUUUUAUGCUCGCAUUAGGGGUAUUCCGUCCAAUAAGGUUGGGGAAACUGUGGAGCAGACAUUGAAGGAAGUGGAUCUCUAUAGUAAAGGUGACACUAAGGCUGUGGAACUCUCAGGUGGACAGAAGAGGAAAUUGUCAAUAGGAAUAGCUUUGAUUGGAGACCCAAAGCUUGUAUUUUUGGAUGAGCCAACAGCUGGGGUUGAUGCCUACUCUCGCAGGAAGCUUUGGAGUUUGUUGAAAAACCGCAAAGAAGGCAAGGUAAUUUUACUGACAACUCAUUUUAUGGAUGAAGCAGACAUCUUAGCUGAUCGGAAGGCUAUCGUUUCAAAAGGGAAGCUGCGUUGUUGUGGAUCAUCUCUGUUCCUGAAAAACAAGUUUGGUCUGGGAUAUCACUUGACGUUAGUUGUGUCUGGAGAUUGUGAUACAGAUAAUGUCCAGAACAUUGUGCAAUCUGUCUGUAGUAAUGCACAACUAAUGAGGCAUUAUGGAAAAGAAAUGUCCUUCCUCUUACCAUCUGAUUCAACAGAAUCUUUUCCAACACUAUUCCUAAACUUGGAUGAUCAUAUGAAUGCAGAAGGGAAUUCUACUAUAGAAGGCUAUGGCAUCUCCAUGACAACUCUGGAGGAGGUUUUCUUAACCUUAAGUGAAGAAAAUGAAAGUACAGGUCAACAGUCUCUGGGUGACAUUAGCCAAAUGGUUAGAGAGAAACUAACCUCAUCCUCACCCCAACAUUCAGCUUCACCUGUGAACUCCAAUGCCCAAAAUGGCCAAGUAGCAGAUAACAACCAACAAGGCUUUGCACUUGAAGCUGUUGAAGUCAGGCCAGAUCCAUGGAGAACCUACAAGGCUAUGAUGAAGGUUCGAUUCAUUUCCUUGUUACGAGAAAAGUGGGCCAUGUUUUUCUUGAUAGUUUUCCCACUUGGGCUAACCAUUGGUGCAAUUGCUGUUUUAGACACACAGCAAGUACAGGCACCUAUAGAUCAGCUGUUGAAAAUUAACACAGGGACAUAUAAUGGAGAGUUGUCAGGUGCGCUUAUACAAAAUAAUACAACACAUACUUUGACACAUUUAGAGGACACUCUAAGUUCAGCAGGAAUCUCCUCAGCUCCAUAUGAUGGAAAUUUCACGUCAAUUUAUAACCUCAGACCUCAUUUCACUGCCUUGGAUAUUAGUCAUUUUCCAGAAAACAAGAUAAGUGAUUCAGCAUCAUUGAAUGUGAGAUUCAAUGAUUCUUAUGUCCAUGCAAUACCCAUCAUGGUAAAUCUUCUUAGCAAUGCCAUACUCAGAACUUCUGGGAACCCUGAACAAAUCUCUGUUGCUACUCAUAACCUGCCAAGUUUCCAGAGCUUGCCGAGUUUUGACACAUCAACCUUUUUUGCCCCAAUGAUGAUUGGUUUUGUAUACACGCUUAUCCCAGCUGCUCUUGGCAUUGAGAUUGUUAAUGACAGAGAGAUUGGAGCAAGGAACUUAUUAAGACUAAACGGACUUAGCUUUAACCAGUACUUCUCCUCUUUUAUAACUGUUAUUGCAACUGUAUUCAUGAUUCCAUACAUCAGCCUUCUGAUCAUCAUUGCUGCCUUCGGUGUUCCAUCAUUGAUAAUUGGACCAGCUUUCGGUGCCAUUGCACUACUUUAUUUACUCUAUAUACCAGUGGCCUUUCUGUAUAGUUCGGUAUUUGGUUACAUGUUUGACAAAAUGGAAACAGCCAGGCAGUUCUACCCAAACAUUGCUACUACGCUGGGUUUUUUGUCAUACACUGUUGUCUCUAUUGUGGAUAUGGUUGUAGGAGCUCAGACAGAUAACAAUCCAGCCCUAAUUAUACAUAUAAUUUUAGCCAUACUCCUACCUCAUUACAUACCAUUUGGACUCCUAUAUUAUGUUAAUAAGAUAUACCUGUUGUGCUUCAUUGAAAAUACCUGUGAUAGUCUCACAGUUAGCAAUUACAUGACCACUGAGAUUAUUGUUUUAUUUGUGGUGGUUAUUGUUGAUAUUCCAAUCUACUACAUCCUGCUGCGACUAGCAGACACACUGAAGAUGGGAGGCAACUGGCGUGAAGCUGUGUGGAUGUCUAAAAGAGAUACAGUGGACUAUAGAAACCUUGAGGAAACAGGUAUUGAUGCCCCAACAGGAGAAGACGAUGAUGUUCAGGAAGAGCGUACGGAUGUUGCUGCCUACCUCAGUAAUGGUGGUCCUGCUCCUCCUGUGUUGUUAUAUGAUCUCGGCAAAGUGUACAACAAAGGAGCCAAGAAUGCUUGUGGUAAGAAGAAAGAAGAUAAAGAGUUUGUUGCUGUGAAAAGUGUGUCACUGAGUGUACGAGAAGGCCAAGUCUUUGGAUUACUGGGCCCCAAUGGUGCUGGAAAGACAACAACUCUUCGCGUUUUGACAGCAGAAGAGGCACCAACGAAAGGAAGAGUACAAAUUUGUGGUGAUGACAUCCAGUCUGGUCUUUCUAAUGUGUUCCAGAAGUUGGGUUAUUGUGCUCAACAUGAUGUGCUCUGGAAAAAUAUUACUGUUGCUGAGCACAUUGCCUGUUAUGCAGAGAUCAGAGGUGUUCACCCAGAUCAGAUCCAGCCAUUAGUGGAUAUGUAUCUGAAAGGCCUAGAAAUUGAGGAACACAGAGACAAACAGAGCAAAGACUGCUCUGGAGGCACAAAACGAAAGUUGAGUUAUAUCAUCAGCAUGCUAGGUCAGCCAAAGGUUGUACUCAUGGAUGAACCAUCAACUGGGAUGGACCCUCAAUCAAAGAGGUUCCUGUGGAAUUCUAUCUUAGCUUCCUUUAAGGGGAAUAGGAGUGCUAUUCUGACUACUCAUUCCAUGGAAGAAGCAGAUGCACUUUGUUCCAGAAUUGCAAUACAAGUGUGUGGGGGUUUGAGGUGUAUAGGAUCUGUUCAGCAUCUUAAGAAUAAGUAUGGUGGAGGUUAUACUCUUGAAGUCAAGCUUCAGAAGCAAGAAACAUGUGCUGUGUCUGUAAAUUGUGAAAGCCCCACCCAUACCUCAUUGGAUGAGACCGCCAUGACAGAAACCAAAAAUAUUAUUAUGAAUAGUUUUCCAAAUGCUGAGUUAGAUGAAGAAUUUGGGGAGUUGCUACACUACAAGAUUCCUCAGUCUGACAUCAAGAGUCUGGCCGAUUCAUUUGCUGUACUGGAAAAGGCUAAAGGUGACAGACUCAUCAGUGAAUAUGCACUGAGUCAGACAACCCUCGAGCAAGUCUUUUUGCAGUUUGCUCGUCAGCAAGAAGAGGAUGUUGAGGAGGGUGAGGAGAAGUAAACAAAAUGUACUGGAAUUGAUUUAGGGAAAAUAGUACAUGUGUUUGUUUUAUAUGUUUUUCAGGUGAGAGUAGCUGAUUUGCUAGGAUGAAUUCCUAUUUAUUUUUAGAGCAAUGUGAUAUAUAAUUCCCUACAAGGCACAGAUAAGUAAUAAUUGUGUGAUUUUGAUAAUGCAUAACAUAUUCUUAGAGUGAUAAAUAUAAAGGUUGUAUUGCAUGUCAUUUUUGUAAUGUAUGCUUGAGUUUGGUAUUUUUGUAAUGAAAGCUUGAGUUCACCAUUUUGGAAUGAAUGCUUGUGUUUCCAAAGAUUUACAUGACUUAUAGAAGAUGAAGAAAAAUGUUAUUUUUAUGCUAAAUGCUUAGUUUAUAUAAAAAGUUUAACUUACGAAUUGGAACUGAAUAAUGUGUAAUAUGUUAAGUAACAACAUGAAAAUGACAAACAAGAAGUCUUUCUCCACAUGAAGAGAAUACUUAUAGCACUUCGUAAAUACAGGCACAUCACUGCUUUUUCAGCAUUGAUAGUUCCAGAAUGUUGUUGGAUUGUAUAUUUUGCUGGACUAACAGAGGUCACUGAGUAAUCAAUUCCAAAACAUAUCUCACACUCCAGCUAUACCAGAACACAGUAGCUUUUCCAAAACACUUGUACCUUACUGGCAUCAGUAAGGGUCUUGUGUUUAUAUUCAGUGCCACUAUUAAUAAUUUCACUUUGCCACAAGCAAGAAUUAUUGUAAACAAGUGGCUAUGCUUUCCACAAUAUCCUUAGAGCUGCACUAAUAACUGCAGUGUAACAAAGGAGUUACGAGAUUUUAUGUUUUUGUAAUUUGACAUAGGAUUUUCAUGAGAAGGCUUAUGGUCUGGAUUGUGCUAUCACAAAGCAAUCAAUCAUUUCCCCAUGGCCCCUAAUUUGGAAUAGCUGAUAUAUUUAACAAAGAUUUGGACAAGGGUGAAAGCUUUAGCAAUAAUUAGGUUUUAGUGGAGAAGUAAAAGAAACUAGUGCAUUAUAUAUUUGUUUAUUUCCUAUAGUUUUAUCUGUAAAAUUUCCAGCAGUUUUAGGCAUAGGCAUAAAACCACUGGUGUCAGAUGCAUGCAGUGUUCGAUGCAGUUUUCUCUACUUCAAUUUCACAAGUACUUAGAAACUGAGGAGUUAAUUACUGUGUCUUUGUGAUCUCACCUAUUUGCCCCAUUCCUUGAAUUUAAGGUGAAAAAAAGAUUUUUGCAGUCCUAUUAUUCUUGCUGUUACUGUUAUUAUUGUUAUUAUUAUUGUCAGCAUGAUAAAUGAUAAUGUUAACAGUAAUAGUAAAAUAAACUUUUCUUUCACAAAAAUUCAAGGAAUGGGCCAAAUAGUUGUGGUCAGAUUGGUCUUGUUAUUAACUCCUUGGUAACCAAGCAUUUCUGUAGAUAUCUAUGAGCAAACAAAAUUGAUAAAACAAAACCAAAGUGGACAUUGAUAUAUACAUUCACUCCCUUGAUUAGUAGAAUAAGCAUGUGAAUAUGAAGAAAUAAGCUAAUUACACUUCUGUAUUAAAUUAUUUUCUAAUAAUGGUUACUGUUAUUAUGAAUUUCUUAAAUUUGAUUGCAAUUUUAUGUAGAAGACAACAUGUCCAACUUUUAUUUACAUUAUAUAAUUUAUUAUGAAAUGCAUGUUUAUAUGCCCUCACAAAAUUCAGAUUGUGCUGAAAAAUGUAGGAUUGUGCAUUUUGAGUGUCUAAAAUCCAACCAAGUAAUUAUUUACCAUACUCACUGAACUGAAAUGUCUGCCUGCAAUUCUGAACAAAGUGAAAGAGACCUAUCAGUUGCCAGAAAGUUGAUGUUAUAUCUGUAUUAGAAUGAAACAGAUAAUAUUGAAUAAAAUAUUAAGCAGUCAAACAGUAAAAAAAA